AUGGUGAAGACCGAGGCAUCCUUACCGUCCCCUCCAUCCGAGUCGGCUUCAGUAGUGCCUCUUGAUUCCUCUAUCCGCACUUCCCCCAUCCAUCCAGACCUCACGGAGAUCCAAGUUCCAGGGGGGCCUCUACCGGUUUAUCGCUACCAUCCAGUCACCUGCCAGCCGAUUGAGGUACAAGAUGUCCAAGCUGAGCUAGAGAAGCUGCGCGAGUUAUUCCCUACGAAAGAAACCGCUCUGAGGGCCCAGGAGCAGGCUGUUAAAGAAGUGAAAAGGACACUGGAGGAAGCCGAUAAGAGCAGAGGGGACAUACAAAGGGCUAUGGACAAGAAGACCAAGGAACGCGACACCGAAAUGAAGGUCUUGUCCAAGUAUCAGGAAGUCAAGGCGUCAGAUAUUCCGGCCUGA